CUGCAGUCCCCACGCAUGGACCUGUGCCACGUCCCUGCCACCCCGGAGAAGGGCUGGUACCUGGCACUGAUGGCCCCAAACGUCAAAGGUCCCAACUAUGCCUGGCUGGACCCCUCCCGGCUCUACUGCCACCCGCAAGUACCCAGUGCCCCGGGUGGAUGACACCGUGGGGGCGUCGGGGUGGGCUGCAUCUCCGCGGGGCUGCCGGGGCACCCAGCUGUGGGUGCCCAUGGUGGGCUGCGGGCACCCAGCACCUCCACUCUCCCCCCAGGGCUUGCAGGACUGCGUGGCCGACCUGCUGCAGCCCUUCCAGGGAGAGGCCAUCGACAUGGUGGCCGGCAUCGACGCCAUGGGCUUCAUCCUGGGCGCUGCGGCCGCGGCCACACUGCGGAAAGGCUUCCUGGCCAUCCGCAAAGCCGGGCACCUCUGCGUGCAGACCGUGGCACAACCCUACACCGACUACUCGGGCUGGGAGAAGGUGAUGGAGGUCCGCACCGAUGCCAUCUCGCCAGGUCUGCGCAUCCUUCUCGUGGACCAGUGGGUUGAAACUGGGGGCACCAUGAGGGCGGCCAUUGAGCUGGUGGAGCGGCUGGGGGGGGUCGUGGCAGGUGUCGCUGCCAUCUGCAUCGAGAACAGCGAGGGAGGGAAGUGGAUCCAGGAGCGCUACAAGUGCUCCCAUUGUGUCCCCCCCCGCCUGCAGCCCUGCUUUGACCAGCACCAGUUCGGCUGGGACUGAUGUGGGACUGGCCUCUCAUGUGUUCCCUGAAGCCCCCUGAGGGACACAGGGCUGCUGGCUCUGCAGGACAGGGAUGCUCCUGGGUGGAAGAAGGAACUCGUCCUCAGUGGCAGCCAUCCAUCCUUCCUGGCUCCAUCCUCCUGUUUGCCCAUGAACCUGGGGGCUGCACCCAGGGACAGGGAGACCCAGCCAGCCCCAGCCCCCUGCCCCCAGCCCCACACCUUUCUUACAAAGCAUAAAAAAGGUUUUAUUAAGACAAAAGGGAGCCUGAGGCCAUCUCCCCCUGCGAGCAGUACCUGGGUUUGCAUAGCUACAGGA